AUGACGACCGAUUUUGAUGAUGAUGAUUUUGACGAUGACGAUGACGGAGCGAAGAAGACGGUGGAAUUGAUUUCAGAAGGACCGCAAGCUUUAACGGGAGAAGAGAAGACGCCGGCGCCGACGCCUCCUCUGGUAUAUGAUAAUACUAUUAAUAGCAAUAACGUGGAACCAUCAUCGUCACAACCAGAACAACAACAACAACAACCAGAACAACAACAACAACAACAAGGUAAUACUAAGGAUGACGAUGAUGAUGAUGAUGACAAUGAUGAUCAGAAAACGAAUUGUCAUCACCAAGAAGAAGAAGAGAAGAAUAAAAAGAAUAAAGAGUUUCCAAUCAAAUCGAAAGUGAGCGCGAAGGCGUCCUUCGACGGUCACUUGCACCCGGCGACGGUGGUUGAAAUUCAACGAAGAAAUUCAACGAAAAAGAAAGACUUUGACGACGGCGAAGGAGAGAUUGAAAAGUAUUACAUUCACUACGAUAAGUUUGAUAAGAGAUUGGACGAGUGGGUGAGCGCAGAGAAUGUGCACGACUACACCGCGGCGGGCGACGGGUUAUUCGACGAGAGCGAGGCGCAAAAUGGAGGCGUCGCUGGGAGCGCGAAUAAAAUGAUGACGACGCAGACCAACGGAGCGGUGAAUACGAACGGAGAAUCCACGCCGCAUUCGGCGACGAACCCAUUGUUAUCGUCAAACAACAAAAACUCCCACAGCGAAGGAACGACCACUCGGAAAUUGACGCGAACCAUGAAAAGAAGAUACAACGAAAUUCACAACGUCGACGGCGUCUCGGUGGAAGAUUUACCUCGAAUCGACCAGUUGGCGGAAAAAGAGCACGAAGAGAAGACAAAAAUGAAAAAUAUUCAGUGCGUUCAGUUUGGAAAGUACGAAAUGGACGCGUGGUACUACAGCCCGUACCCGGAAAUUACCGGCCAAUGCGACAUGCUGUACGUCUGCCCGUACUGUAUGAAGUACAUGCGCAAACCGAAAACGAUGCAAAAGCACCAGAAAGAGUGCACGAUCACGCACCCGCCGGGGAAGAAGAUUUACGAACACGAAAACGCAAACGACGAACAAACCACGAUUUGCUUCUGGGAAAUCGACGGGAAAGAAGCCAAAACGUAUUGCCAGAACCUUUGCUUGGUGGCGAAACUGUUUUUGGAUCACAAGACGUUGUAUUACGACGUCGAGCCGUUCAAUUUUUACGUCAUGACGGAGUGUAAAAGUAGUAGUAGCGAUACGCAUAGAAAUAGCAACGAGAAGGAUACGAUGAAAAAGAAGGAUAAUCGAGUGCACGUCCCGGUCGGUUACUUUUCAAAAGAAAAACAAUCCGCGGAAGAGUACAACUUGGCGUGCAUUCUCACCUUGCCUUCGCACCAACGAAGAGGCUACGGUUCUUUCCUCAUCUCCAUGAGUUACGAACUCUCGAAACGAGAGGGCAAAUUCGGGACUCCGGAACGACCGUUAUCCGAUCUCGGUCGAGUCAGUUACCGGUCGUAUUGGUCCAAACACAUUCUCGAAGCCAUGAGAGGGCACAAGAACAUGAACGGGUUGACCGUCCGCGAUUUGUCCAUGAAAACUAUGUUUCGAGAAAGCGACGUGACUUCCGCGUUGCAAAGCUUAAACUUGUUAAAAUAUUGGAAAGGACAACACAUAGUCUCCGCGACGCCAAAAAUUGUCGAAACGCACUUGCAAUCGUUUUCAAAGACGACGACGACGAACAGAAGUAAUUUGCGAUUCGAACCGAGCUUUGUGACGUGGCAGCCAUCCGCGGCGUCUGAACCUUUGGGUAAUAAAAAGAAGUGA